AUGGGGAGGUUUCUUUUUGAGAUACAGGGGAUGCAGUUGGAUUUUGGUGAAACUGAAUAUAUUUUGAUUAGCGGGUUAAGAGUUGGUCCUUAUGUGGAUUUACUCCAUGACGAAAGAGGCCGGUCAAAUUCAAAGCUUCGUGCUCGAUUAUUCCCAGACAUUACAAGUGCACGUUUGCAGCUUAAAGGUUUAGAAGACUACAUUAUGUCUCCGAAUUAUUUGGCACUUCACGAUGAAGAUGCUUUAAUGCUUAUCCAACUUGUUUUUAUGUUGAAAGGUCUCCACGGAUGGGACGUUAAAACGGGCAUUCCCGCGGCAAUAAACAAGCUUGUUGAAAAUAUAGAUGAUUGGAACAGGUUUGCGUGGGAUACAUAUUUCUGA